UGUAGGUCCCGUCAACUGUGGAAAUCCACAACGCCAGUAUGCGGGGUUCGAACCAAGGACCUUACGUCUCUAGAUCACUGAGCCGAACUCCAAUGGUGUUAAUGUCUAACGUCAAUCAGUCCAUUGUCCUCACCAAGUAACUGCUCUACAACUCUUUAACGAAAACUGCCACUUCGAUCCGAUUCACUGCUUACAGUUAUCUCAUUAUUUACACGCAGUUAGGCAAUGCUGAGCUUUUUAUGCAUUAAUAUACUUUGAUUUGUCAACUGAUUAAAGAAACAUAAUUUGCGGAAUAAGUAAAUUCUCUAUAUUUUGAUUAGAUACUACUGGAGAAAUUCAAUGGAGUUUAUUUAAACGGUUAACAUCCGCAAUUCCUUUUUCCACCGAACUUCUUUUUUUCAAGAUUCAUAAAAAUGCUUCAUAAUCUGUUAACAUUUGCAUUUAUAAAUCAGAUUUUGGUUUCUUUUAGUUCCGCUCAGUAUUUAGAGAAUAGUUUAAUAAAAGAAGAAUGUAACUUGACAGAAAAUGUAACAUUGAAAAGUAGAAGUUUAGAAACGGAAAUACAAAAUUUAUUAUCUACUUAUAUUCCUACUGAACGACCUAGAAAUUCACAAUUGAUUAAAACAAGCAUUAAUUCACAAGAGUCAGUGAAUUACACAAAAUAUAAUGGACCAUUAAUUGUAGAAGUUAAUACUUUUAUACAUAGCUUCAGUUCAAUUAGUGUAGUUAAUAUGGAUUUUACAGUUGAUUUUAUGUUACGUCAAAGAUGGUUAGAUUCAAGACUGAAACUUCCCGGUAGCCACAACUUUACUCACCUGCCUAUCUCCUAUGCUAAAAAUCUAAUUUGGAUACCGGAUCUGUUUUUUCGUAAUGCUAAACAUGGAUUUUUACAUGACAUGACCACACCAAACUAUUUGAUUUGGCUUGAUUCAAAUGGUUUGAUUACAUUCAGUCAGAAAAUAUCAAUGAAAUUAUCAUGCCAUAUGAUUUUGCAUACAUUUCCAUUUGAUUCACAACGUUGUACAAUAAAUAUUGGGAGUUAUGGAUAUUCAAAGAGAGAUUUAGAAUUUCGUUGGUGGAACAGAGAUGGAUACGAUCAAUUUGGCUUAAUACCUACAACAAACCAGUCAAGAUCUAUGGCUGUACAAAUACGAUCUGGACUAGAAAUUAAUGAAUUCGAUUUAUUAUCUUAUGAUACAAGUUAUUGCAAAAUGGAAUACUCCACUACUGGUCAAUUCUCUUGUAUUGAAGCUGUAUUCCAUUUAAAGAGACGAUUUGGUUUUUACCUUAUUUAUGCUUAUCUACCGUCACUUCUUUUGGUUGUUAUUGCAUGGUUAUCAUUUUUUGUGGAUUACGAAGCUGUACCAGCUCGUAUUUCCAUUGGUCUUUUGUGUGUUUUAGCUUUGAUCACACAAAGUGCAGCUAUUCUAACUCAAGUACCACGUGUUUCUUAUAUUAAAGGAAUUGAUAUUUGGUUAUUUGUAUGUUUAGCGUUUGUUGUUAGUUCAUUGCUUGAGUUCGCCAUUACAAAUUCUCUAGCUAGACGACGAUCGAAAUCAAGUGUUUCGAAAGCAGCAAAUUAUAUUAGUAAAGAUUGUAUGAUUUUAACAACAUCUGAUGAACUAUUGGACUUACUACAAAAGUGCAUUAAUAAAGCAAAAAGUAAUGACGACCAAACAGAUCAAAAAACAUUGAAAAAUAACAAUGAUACAUGUAAAACAUCUACCAACAUUUCUUCAACUAGUACUCCAGUACGAUCUAUGCUUCUGAAUUUCGAUCUUCCAUUAAGCAAACAAAAACGCAUUGUAUUCUGCGAUGACAGUCAACAGUCAUCAAAAGAUAAAACUCUUGAUAAAUCAUUUUUAUUAGAUCGUAUAUGGUCUAUUAUUUAUCCGAUAGUAUUUGCUAUAUUCAAUGGAGUUUAUUGGAUAUAUUUUCUUAAAUAUCAAUAAAUACUAUUUCUGUUAAAGUGUUUUAUGUAAUAUCUUCAAAAGAUUUGAAUAAAAACCUUUGAAAAUUCCUCGUA